ACACACACACACACACACAGAUCAUCAGAGACUGUAUAAUUCAACAAAUCAUGUCCACAUGCACUAGAGAUCUCCGCUGCAUUUCAUUUUGAAAUAAAACACUGCAAAGGGAAUUCAGUAAAGGUCUGAAGUGGGACGCGCUAGCUAUAGAUGAUGAGCUCUUCCAGACACACAGUGAAGCAGAGAGAGAGAGAGAGAGAGAGAGAGAGAGAGAGAGAGAGAGAGAGAGAGAGAGAGAGAGAGAGAGAGAGGCUUGAGUAAAUCUCCGCCGGCCAUCUGCUCUGACAGCUCGGUCACAUUGGAUUGAGCAGAAAAUCCACGGCAGCUGCGUCACUGUCCAGCCUGUCCUUCUUCAGACGAACCGAACCUCCUCCAGAGCAGCGUCUCAGAGAACCGUUCUGUGAUGAAGCGUCCCAAUAUGAAUGAAGCAUCACGUGACCCGCUCUGGAUGAUGUGAAGGAGAGCGACUCAAGGUUAAACAGGGGAGGCGGGGCUUGAGAGUCACGUGACGCGCCUUUCCUCUGGGAAUUGGUGAUGGAGCAAAAGAUAGACUGCGCGUCACGAGAAAAAAACCUCCCUCAGAUGUAAAUCAACAUCUCCCAUCAUCGCGUCUCCGGCAGCUAAAGUCCGUGGAAAUUCAAUUAAGAGUAAACUUGAGAUCUGAGUCAUAAACGCGCUUAUCUUCAAGUAAUCAAGCGAGGAAGAAAUCAUAAAGCAUCAAAUGAGGUAGAAACCACUCCUGCUUUUAUAAAGCGCUGCGUUCACACAUGACGUGAGGAAUCAGCCCGCAGCAUCUGCAGCCUCAUAGGUGCUUCCUCCUCCUCCUCCUCCUCCUCCUCCUCAUCAUCCCGGUGAGGGAGGAGACAGGAGGUGAGCCUCAUUCUCUUCCCCCGGCCGGCGGAGCAGCAUCUCUCCCGGCGGCAGCGCGUCUCGGCUCGGCUCCACGCGGCACAGAUGAGCGCUGCGGCACCGCUCCUCAUGACUGAGACAUGCUCGCCUUCGCGCUAGUCGCUGGCUCUGUCUGGGUUGUUCUAGAGCUCAGCUCCACUCUUAUGGAGAAGAUGCAGUCUCGGGAUCUUCUGCUGGGUCUUCGUCUGCCGGAGCUGGAUGAUCUGGGUCAGUUCCUCCGCUCUCUGCCCACCUCGGCUCUGCUGGGUCUGGGUGCUCUGACUGCUGUCCUGGCCUACUGGAUGUCCACUCGGCCCCGGCCCAUCACGCCACCCUGCGACCUCCGGGCCCAGUCACAGGAAGUGCAGGCGGAGGACGGCGCUCGAAGGUCUAUGAUGGGCGACAGCUCCACGCUGCUCUCGUAUUAUCACGAGGACGCCAAGACCAUGUACGAGGUGUUCCAGCGCGGCCUGCACAUCACCGGUGACGGGCCGUUUUUAGGCUCCAGGCUCCCCAAUCAACCCUACAGGUGGCUGUCCUACAGAGAAGUGUUCAGCCGUGCCGAGCUCCUGGGCUCCGGUCUGCUGUCUCAGGGAUGUCAGCCCAAUCCGGACCAGUUCAUCGGGGUGUUUGCACAGAACCGUCCUGAGUGGAUCAUCUCGGAGCUGGCGUGCUACACGUACUCGAUGGUGGUGGUGCCGCUGUACGACACGCUCGGAGCCGACGCCAUCCGCUACAUCAUCAACAGAGCGGAGAUCUCCACAGUGAUCUGUGAUAAAGCAGAGAAAGCGGCGGUGCUGCUGGAGAACGUUCAGAGAGGAGAGACGCCGGGGCUGAAGACCAUCAUCCUCAUGGAUGAGUUCGAGGCUCCUCUGCUGGACGAGGCUCAGAAGAGCGGGGUUCUGGUCCGGUCGCUGCGAGACGUGGAGGCUCUGGGUCGAGAGAACUACAGGAAACCCGUGCCGCCCGGACCAGAUGACCUGUCCAUCGUGUGCUUCACCAGCGGAACCACGGGAAACCCCAAGGGAGUGAUGCUGACCCACGGGAACAUCAUCGCAGACUUCGGUGGCUUUCUGAAAGUGACUGAUAAGGUGAUCUUUCCAAACCAAGACGACGUUCUCAUUUCCUUCCUGCCUCUUGCUCACAUGUUCGAGAGGCUGAUUGAGGCGGUGGUCAUCUGUCACGGCGGGAGGAUCGGCUUCUUCCAGGGUGAUAUCCGUCUGCUCUCAGAUGACAUGAAGGCUCUGAGGCCCACCAUAUUCCCCGUGGUGCCCCGGCUCCUGAACCGCAUGUAUGACAAGAUCUUCAGUCAGGCUAACACCUCUCUGAAGCGCUGGCUGCUGAACUUUGCUGCGAAGAGGAAAGGGCUGGAGGUCAAGCGUGGAGUGAUCCGCUGCGACAGUGUCUGGGACAAGAUCUUCUUCCACAAGAUCCAGGCCAGUCUGGGCGGCCGGCUGCGGAUGAUCAUCACCGGAGCGGCUCCUGCGUCCGGCGUGCUGGACUUCCUGCGGGCGGCUCUGGGCUGUCAGGUGUAUGAAGCAUACGGUCAGACGGAGUGCACCGCUGGAUGCACCUACACCACGCCUGGAGACUGGACGGCCGGUCAUGUAGGUGCUCCUCUGCCGUGUAAUCUCAUCAAACUGGUGGAUGUGGCUGAGAAGAACUACUUUGCUGCUAAAGGAGAGGGAGAGAUUUGUGUGAAAGGCCCGAAUGUCUUCAAGGGUUAUCUGAAGGACCCCGUGAGGACGGCCGAGACACUGGACGCAGAAGGAUGGCUUCACACCGGAGACAUCGGCAAAUGGCUGCCGAACGGAACGCUGAAGAUCAUCGAUAGGAAGAAGCACAUCUUCAAGUUAGCUCAAGGAGAAUAUAUCUCCCCGGAGAAGAUCGAGAGCAUCUACAUCCGCAGCGAGCCCGUGUCUCAGCUCUAUGUUCACGGAGACAGUCUGCAGUCGUGUCUGGUGGGCAUCAUCGUCCCGGAUCCGGAGGUCUUUCCCUCUUGGGCUCAGAAGAAAGGCUUCGAGGGAAGCUACGAAGAGCUGUGUGAAAACAGAGAACUGAAGAAAGCCAUUUUGGAUGACAUGGUGCGUUUGGGAAAGGCCAGCGGACUCCAUUCAUUUGAACAGGUUAAAGACAUCCACAUCCAUAAAGAAAUGUUCUCCAUACAAAACGGAUUGCUGACCCCUACUUUAAAAGCCAAGAGACCGGAGCUGAAGGAGUACUUCAAGAGAGAAAUCGAGGAGCUGUACAGCAACAUCUCCAUGUAACCGCUCGUCUCCAGCAGAUGAGGACGCUCCAUCAUUCCUUCACUAUUUGUUCUUCUUCAUUGAAAACUAGCUGGCACUAAACGCUCCGAACGAGCCACGGGCGCCGAGGCCGAGCAUGAGCUUUACUCGACGAGAGAGUAAUUAAACGAGUAAUUCCCCUUUGGCUGUGAAUGUCAACAGUUGGUGUGCCUUUAGAAAUGUGGCAGAGCUGCAACCAAAUCGAGUCGUCCUCCAAAAGCGGACGCGUCCCAGCUAGCAUGCAUGCUUCAUUCGUUCUCCAGUGGGCCGAGGAGGGCAAAGGUCACCCGUGUCCAUUCACCUUUUCUUUAGGGGUCCGAAAGGGAACUGGAUUGGCAGGGCCAGCACAUUUCCAGCUAAACGCCAUGCAUGCUGUGUUCUGGCCGUCCAGCAUUGACGUUCCCAGGCCCCCGAGACGUUCUGCACAACGAUCACCAUAGGAUGCUUGUCUAUGUAGUAAAGCUCUACAGAUGUGGAGUCUUGGGCCGACUCGACGGAUCGACUAGCUUUUCAGUUCCCUUCCAUCCCAAAGUAUCUCAAUAGUAGUGUAAAUGUCAAAGAAAACUAGAUGUGAAAAUAUUUAAGCAAUGGUUUGAAGUGUAGAGAGAAACCAAUACGAUUUGAAUCUGCUCUUGAAUGAUAUCAGAACUUUAUCUUUGUAUUUGAUGAAGGGACAUGAAUGGGGACGAAUCUGCAGAGAUGUUUGUUUGUUCUCAGUUACUUUAGCUUUCUUUUUCUGGCAUUUAAACACAAUGCAUUUCACACCCACCUUUUGUAGGCCUACUCAGUCCCUUUGUUCGGCCUAUAAUAUGUCAUUUGUCUGUUUGCUAGAAUGUUAUUGACUUAUUAGCUAAUUUAAUGAUCAGGGUUAUUCCAUUAUUCAUUUAUUUAUUAUUAUCAGAGGUUAUUCUCCGUUUGGAUGCCACUAAGCUCUUUAUGCUUACUGUAUUUCUUACGAAUCAACACAAGUGUACAUUCCUCCUAAUUUCAGGGCUCCUAAUUUAACGGUCAGUAAAACGCCAGACUGAAGACGUCUCUCAGUCAAACACCUAUUAGUCAGUCUGAACAUGUGAGCCUUACACAUUUUGUAUUGCGUUAAAUUUGAGAGAAAAAAAGAGAUUUUCCCACGGUUUUGUCCAGCUGUUGUUUGUGUUUUGUUUAUUGAAACAGUUCACUUGCAUCUUUUCCUGAUAACGAAGUCUUUUAUGCGCAUGUACAUCUCUGCAUAUACACAAAAAUAGUGAUGAGUGUGUGCAAAACAUGUAAAAAAAUAAUAAAGAAGAAUUCUUUGUAAUUCUA